AUGGAAAACACUCACAAGCUGCUAUCGCCUAGGAGGAAACCAUCUGUCAGAGCCCCAUCGCCAUCACAGCUUCAACAACCUCCGUCUCUUCUCCGGUCACUUACGAGUAACUUACAACUCGCUGAUAGCGCUGUUCCACCAGAUGGCCGGUGCCAAGCCCGGCUUCGAAUGGCACGGCGUGCAUUUCUGCGUCACUCCUUCAAUCGUUUGGAUUUUGUUGCCGUCAUUUCGUAUUGGAUUUCGCUGUGGCUCUGUAUAACUGGCGUAGAGGCGGAACGGCAUUUGUACGUCUUCCGAAUGAUGAGCUGCCUUCGCAUUCUUAGACUGUUGGGGAUCACCAGUGGUACUUCAGUGAUUCUAAGGAGUUUAAAGAAGGCUGCGCCCCUUCUUGUCAACGUGGCAUUGCUCAUCGGGUUCUUCUGGCUUAUAUUCGCCAUUAUUGGUGUUCAGAGUUUCAAGAGUUCUUUUAGGAGAAAUUGUGUGUGGGUUGAUCCGGAGGGAGUUCAGAGAAACUUUACGCAAGAAUUCCAGUUUUGUGGAGGGCAUCGGAAUAAGCUCACUGGGCUAGCGGAGCCUUACGUCUAUGAAGAUGGCACACCCGGGGCGAUAUUCCCGAAAGGAUAUAUAUGCCCGGUCAAUUCGUUCUGCGUUUCUAGUAACAAUCCUUAUGGAGGAACGGUUAGCUUUGACAACAUUGCCCAGUCUCUGGAAUUGGUUUUCGUCGUUAUGACUGCGAAUACCUUUUCGAACUUACUCUACUAUAUGGCUGAUAGCGACUACUUGACGUCUGCUCUAUGUGAGUCCCCCAACUAGCUGUAUACUAACUUGGACACGGUACUGAUUGUGAUCUAGUCUUUGCUUGCGGGUAUGAUUAUCUCUCACUUGUUCGGCCAUGCGCCUACGCUAACCUUAAAUAAGUGUUGUUGUCUUGGCAUUUUGGUUAGCGAAUUUGGUAAGUUAUUGGACCUUAUCAUCGUUGAUUACCUGGCUGAUGUAAUGAACACAUUAGCUAAUCGCCGUAAUUACAUCAUCCUUCCAAGUUAUUCGUGAGGAGUCGAGGAAGAGUGCUUUUGCUGCGGAAGAAGAGUAAGAGGUUCUGGAGUCGUUUUUUAUGUUGCCACUAACGGGGAUUGUCUAGCACCUCGUCUAAGGCCGAUGAAGAGGAAUUUGUUCGAAAACCUAAUCCCUUGAGAAGGAUAUACGAUCGGACGUUUUAUGUAUGGGUCACGGUGAUCUCGGUCGGCAUCUUUGCCCAAGCCUUCCGUAGCUCAAGUAUGAGUCGCGGACGGGAAACCGUUAUAGGUACGUCGAUAGUUAGCGCAAAAGAGGAGAUACUAAUUGCAGUGGAAGACACUGUGGAACUUGGUGUUACCUUCGUGCUAGCGCUUGAGAUUUUCAUGAGGUUGAUGGCGGAUUGGCGCACCUUCCACAAGAAAACCCGGAAUCUGGUUGAUCUUGCCUUGGCUCUCAUUACAUGCACUAUCCAAAUACCGCCCAUUCAUAAAUCUGGGAGAAUCUACGACUGGCUCACGCUCUUUCAAAUCCUCCGAGUGUAUCGUGUUGUUUGGGCCAUCCCUGUCACUCGUAACCUUUUGGUGAGUACCCAUUAUCCGAUUUGUGACUGCAGUCACUAACCCGCUGUCGUCCAGUCCAAAGUAAUUGGUAAUGUAUCCGGUUUGACCAAUUUGAUCAUGUUCGUGUUGCUCCUCACAUUCUUGUGUGCCAUCUUUGCUGUCCAAAUUGUACGUGGAGACCUUCCGAAAGUGUACCGGGGUGAUACUACUGCAACCUCGUUUCACACCAUUUUCAACGCUUUCUUGGGCAUGUAUCAGAUCUUCUCCAGCGAGGAUUGGACGACGAUCCUCUAUAUGGCUACUGAUGUGCAGAGGCCCUAUAACGUUGGAUGGAUGACCGCGAUGUUCUUUAUUGGAUGGUUCAUCCUUGGGAACUGUGAGUUUAUGUUAGCCUCUCUGGACUGAUAUUCACUAACACAUCCUCAAGUCAUCGUGCUGAACAUGUUUAUUGCUGUGGUCCAAGAGAAUUUUGACGUCACAGAAGACGAGAAACGGAUUUAUCAGGUUAAGACUUUCCUGCAAAACAAGGAUUACUCAGCCCCAUCACAGGGAAUAUCGCUAUCGAGUAUAUUUGGAAUCGGAAAGCAGAAAGCCAAAGAGCCCCAUUCCCGACAGGCCGCUUUUGAGAUGUUAACAAAGCAAGCUGUUGUUGAAUCGUUUUUGGACGAGGGGGCACAACAACCUCGCCAGCCACCCACCAGAGCCCAGCCUCUGCAAGCUACGGCAGAGGACGCUCGGCGCGCUGGAGAAGUGAGGCAGAAGCCAUGGGAGAGAAUGAAAAACAGAUUAUUAGGGGUCUUAGGUGAAAAGGAGCCUAACCCAUUCUACUCAUUUACGUAUAGAGUCCUUCUCAUCCCGUCUUGCGGCAUGCGCUAAUAUGCUCAUAGUUCGUCACGGUCCAUUGCUGAUCUGACCCCAACUGCCAUGGCACAACAAGUGGUGACGGAGCAGGAGCGGCGGAGAAAGGCACAGCGAGAGUACUUAAAGAAAUACCCCAACUAUAAUGUCUCGCUGCAUAUCUUUAGGCCAUCUAAUCCGAUAAGACGCCUCUGCCAGAGGAUGGUAGGGCCAAGCCGUGCCAAUAUUCGUUACGAUGGAUUACAGCCUUACACGCCAUUCAGUUACGCAUUCUCAAUCUUGGUCUACUGUGCUAUCGUUUCAAUGGUCAUCAUAGCCUGCAUAACAACACCCUUGUAUCAGAAAGAAUACUUCGAAAAGCACGGUAGCUCGUUAAGGAAUUGGUUCACCUUCGCCGAUGCAGGAUUCGUUGCUCUUUUCACAAUUGAGUCUCUCAUAAAAAUCAUUGCUGAUGGGUUAAUAUGGACGCCAAACGCAUAUCUUCGCGGAUCCUGGGGUGUGAUAGAUUGUGUUGUGUUGAUCACCCUCUGGAUUAGUGUCAUAACCUCCUUUAGGAACCAGGGCGAGAUCUCUCGGGCUGUUGGAGCUUUCAAGGCGCUUCGUGCCCUACGACUGCUAAACAUUAGCGGCGCUGCCCAGAACACAUUCCAUUCUGUUGUUAUCCUUGGCGGGCGAAAAAUUCUCUCCGCCGCAUUUGUCUCGCUCAGUUUGAUUAUCCCGUUUGCUAUCUAUGGAGUAAACCUGUUCUCGGGAUUAUUGGAUACCUGUAAUGACGGCUCAGAGGAAAUUGCUAACUUAACAUCCUGCGUUCAUGAAUAUCCUAGCACACCUUACGAUUGGGAGGUUUUGGCGCCAAGAGCUGUGGACAAUCCCUACUUCAAUUUCGACAACUUUGGAAGCUCGCUGUUUAUUCUCUUCCAGAUUGUGUCCCAGGAAGGAUGGACGGGUGUCAUGUUCGACGUUCAAGCUAUUGUCGGAAGGGGUAUGAGGUUUCUGUUGAUAUUAUAAUCUUGAUCUCACUAAUCAGGGUCUCCAGGCCAACAACCUCGGCCGUUUUCUUCACAGACCAACUCGAUAUUCUUUGUUGCGUUCAACUUACUUGGUGCUGUCUUCGUCUUGGUAAGUACUGUCAGCACCUCACGGGAAAGUCUGAUCACUUAUUGGUAUUGCUAGACGCUAUUUGUCUCUGUGUUUAUGAGAAACUACACGGAACAAACUGGGGUCGCUUACUUGACGUCUGAUCAGCGUUCUUGGCUAGAGCUUAGAAAGCUCCUCCGUCAGAUCAGGCCUUCAAGGCGCCCUAAGGACAGCCCUAACUUAGACUGGAAGAGUUGGUGUUACAAAAGGGCUACUCAUAAACACGGUUGGUGGCAAAGAACAUACACAGUUGUACUAGUAUUGCAUGCAAUACUUCUACUAUUGGAGUACUACCCAGCCCCCCCGGCUUUGGACCGUACAAGGGACUGGAUUUUCCUGGGGUUCGCUGGGAUCUUUGUUGGGAACCUGGUUGUCAGAGUUAUCGGCUUGACAUGGUCCAACUUUCUAAAAAGCAGAUGGGAUAUAUAUGCGAUCAUCUCGGUUAAUGGAACUUUUAUUACGACCCUACUGCUCCUGGCUGGAUACCAGGAGAGGACCUUUAUCCAGUUGCAGAAGCUGUUCCUUGUCUCUGUGAGUGCUGCUGUAAGAUCACUUUCGCGACUUUAUUUUCUAACCGAUUGAUAGAUCGUGAUGAUGCUGAUCCCGCGGAACGACGACCUCGACCACCUUUUCAAAACUGCCGCGUUAGUGAUGAUCCUUCAUGCUUGGUGAGGCUAUUCUAAUGGUCGUCUACAGAGCGAGUUUGGCUGCCAUCGGUAACUUGAUGGCAACUUGGUUUGUGCUAUUUUUGGUCUAUGCCAUUGCGCUCACCCAAACGUUCGGUCUCACGAGGAUUGGGCCCAACGGGAACGGGAACAUGAAUUUCAGAACGGUGCCUAAAGCAUUGAUCUUGUUAUUUAGGAUGACUUGCGGGUAAGUCUCGAUCCGUUUCCCGCGCGAUAGACAAGCGACUAACCGGAACCAGCGAAGGAUGGAACCAGAUUAUGAGCGACUUCGAGGUCAGCCAUCCUGAUUGUGUUUAUGGAGAAAAUUUCUACGAGAGUGACUGCGGCAGUCAAGGGUAUGCGCGUGCAUUAUUCGUAUCAUGGAACAUCCUGAGCAUGUAUAUCUUCGUGAGCAUGGUAUGCAUGGUUCUCAAAAUUCUUCUAGUAAAGCUACAACUAACCUGCGCUAGUUUAUCUCACUUAUCUUCGAAAGUUUUAGUUAUGUCUAUCAACGCUCCGGGGGUUCUUCGGUAGUUUCUAGACCAGAAAUAAGAAAGUUCAAACAAGCAUGGCAAAAGUUCGAUCCCGAUGGAACCGGGUUUAUCGCGAAGGAGAACUUUCCGAGGUUGCUAGGGGUACGUGGAUUAAAAAAGUUCCGAGCCCCGAGACCAGUUGUGUCAAGUGCUAACGAGUUACCAAGACCCUAACCGGCAUCUUUGCCAUGAGAGUUUACGAAGAGCCGUUCACUGUGCCUGAUAUCUUGGAUGAUUGUAGAGUGGAUCCUCAAAGCCACAGCACCGGCAAAACUCGCGGGAUUGCAGAGGGCAUGGACUUGGAUACAUUGAGCAGACGCGUUGCAAUGAUCCCCAUUCACAAGAUCCGGAGGCAACGCCACAUCUACACCCUAUUCUACGAAGAGUGUCUAGUGUCGGCUGAUAAAGAAUACGGGGUGUCCUUCACAUCUGUUCUGCUUAUACUGGCGCACUAUAAAAUUAUUAACGAUAAUAAGAGCUUGAGGUACUACCUGUCCUUACGUGUGAUAGCCAUUCGGGUUUCUAAUGUGUUCCAGAUUGGAGGAAUAUCUUCGUCGCCGUUAUCGCUUGCAAAGAGUAGAAGAGCAGGUGCAGAGGAAUAUUGUUACAAAUUUCUUCUUAACUCUGUAAGUAUCGCCUAAUGUUGAAUGUGUGCCCCCGUCAGGCACCGCUAACCGCUGUAUAGAUACUGGAGUAAGAGAUUCAAGAAUCGACGCAGUGCCCAAUCUGGCGCGCCGCAGGUUCCUCAGAUAUUUGUCGACGAUGCAGGUUCUAGUGGGUCAAACGUGCCGCAAAUAUUGGUAGACGAUGGAGAGGUGGCAUCGAACGGCAGCUCCGCAUCAGCGGCUCUUAGCGAGAGACCAGUGACCCCGAAAAGGCAGGCGCUACCUCCAUUGGACUUGAACUACCAUGUGGGUAAUAGCCAACCUCCUGAGACAUUCGGGAUUUCGAAUAAGCCGCAAUUUGGGGAUUCCGAUCCCUUCUUGUCGUCUUUCUCUGGGGAGGAGUCUCCUUCUGUUCUGCGACAGAGGCCUGGAAGGGGAAGGUCUCCAGACGGCUCUCCUUCUCUCACACCGAACGAAAGCCCAAACAUGAGCCCGGUAGGGAGCCCUCGGCUAAGCCCUAUCGCAACUGCAAGCGGAUGGAUCGGUCGAGCAGGAAGCGUUUCGGCAGGUGGUGGAUCACCGUCAAGAAGCAGAGCGAACAGUGAUGUCGUGCCCCAAAACGUUCUAGAAGUCCUAGGAAGUUCGGAAUGGGGAGAUCAAAUCCGUUCAUACAUGGGGAGGUCUGGAGACCAAUCGCCUACCCGUUCGAAUGAGGGAGGCAGUGCAAGCCCUCGCUAAAAAUGCAGGGACGUAAUGGAAUGGGUUGGUUUGAUAAGUGUAUCAUAGUGCAUUACCGGCGUUUUUGUGGUUUGUAUAUGAAUGGGGGAAGGGCUGCUGGGGGAUCAAAGCAUUCUACGAACUUGGGUAUAAAGGGGAGGGGGGUAGAGAAAAAAAGAGAAAGACUGCAAAAAACGGGGGAUCAUCAUCAUGAUAAACCACGAAUGACGGCGCGAAGUGGACGAGGGACCUGCGAGCUUUUUUUUAAUUUUUUUUUAAUUUCAUAUGCUUAUUGAUUCUAGUUCAAAAAUGUACAUGCACCUCACAGUAUGGUAAUAGAAAAAAACAUUAAUUCCAGUGUAAAACAAUAAGGAAACACAACUAAUGCAGUAGUAUCUUCAAACCAGAGCAAAAUAGCUCCUCCUAUCACCCUUGAUGACUAACAAAGUAAAGUUAAGAAAUUCCUACCCCCAGGCCUAAGCCCAGAAUGCAGCAAACACAAGAAAAGUAAACCUCUACCACCUCUACUCCUGGGUGCCCCCAGCAGCAAAUGAAAGUAAGGAAAAAUAUAAAGUAGCAAAACCAUACAGUUAAGAGAGCCUCAAACAAGUCAGGUCCCCCAGCCAGCUAACAAGAAGAGCAGGGUGAUCUAGCUGACCCUGAAGAAGAUGUGGAGGGUGAAACAGAGUUUGCUCAUAUUGUAGGUAUC